CACAUGAUGAGGACAAAUUGCGUUGUCGACAGGCUCAACGAAUUAUUUGGACCCCUGAUUCUCGUUGCCUGUGUGCGUUUCCUUCCCUCAAGCCUUACAUGGGGUUGCAGAUUGUUUCUGGGAGACUUCUCCGUGGAAUGUAUACUGAAAAUAUAUCUAAGCCUUCACUUUCUCAUGUCGGGAGCGAACUUUAAGAUGUCCGAAGAAAUACUGAACAAUUUGCACAACCGGAUUCAUGAGAAGCCUACAAGAAGUCAAAACUCUAAACGAACAAAUGACAGAAUCCCAACGAAUAAAUGGGACUGGUUAAAAUUGGACUUAAAAUCUUUAAAACCGGUAGCAAUGGAUGUAUUCGGUAUAUUCCAGCUGGAUACAGACUUUACAUCUACGCUCGCAACAAUUACGACUGUCCUACUCUUCUUAAUUUUGGGACAAGUUUUCGCCCAAAAUUUUGUCCUCGUGGGAUCCUAGGCAAAUAUUUGUCAUUUUUAAAUACAUGAGUUGACAUACAUACAUAAAAAAGUGUUUAACAUGAAGUUUUUUACAUAAUUUAUCUUUGAAAUUAUUUAAGUAUGCAUAAAGUAUU